GGUCGGCGCCGGCAAGAUGGCGGCCCCCUUGGAGCUCAGUUGCUGGGGAGGUGGCUGGGGGCUCCCAUCGGUGCACAGCGAGUCCCUGGUGGUGAUGGCUUACGCCAAAUUUUCUGGUGCACCCUUGAAAGUCAAUGUCAUAGAUAACACCUGGAGAGGUGCAAGAGGAGAUGUACCAAUUUUGACAACUGAAGACAACAUUGUUUCUCAGCCUGCGAAAAUACUAAACUUUUUAAGAAAACAGAAAUAUAAUGCUGAUUAUGAACUCUCAGCAAAACAGGGGGCAGAUACACUGGCUUACAUUGCUCUCCUUGAAGAGAAGCUUCUUCCUGCAGUGCUUCACACAUUCUGGGUUGAGAGUGACAAUUACUUUGCUGUGACAAAGCCAUGGUUUGCUUCACGAAUUCCUUUUCCCUUGAGUUUGAUCCUGCCUGGAAGGAUGUCUAAGGGAGCACUGAAUAGAAUUCUCCUGACUAAAGGAGAGCCUCCCCUUUACCACCUCCGAGAAGUGGAAGCUCAGAUAUACAGAGAUGCCAAGGAGUGCCUAAAUCUUCUGUCAAACAGAUUGGGAACAUCUCAGUUUUUCUUUGGAGAUACGCCAUCUACCUUGGAUGCCUACGUGUUUGGUUUUCUUGCACCUCUUUAUAAAAUACGCUUUCCUAAAGUUCAAUUACAAGAACAUUUGAAACAGCUCUCCAACCUGUGCCGCUUUUGUGAUGACAUCCUAAAUAGUUAUUUUAAGCUUAGUCUUGGAGGCACCUCUCCUGCUGGUCAAGAAACAGUAGACGCAAAUCUGCAGAAACUCACACAACUUGUAAAUAAGGAAUCCAACUUGAUUGAAAAGAUGGAUGACAAUCUUCGCCAAAGCCCUCAACUUCCUCCUCGGAAACUGCCAACACUCAAAUUGACUCCAGCAGAAGACGAAAAUAAUUCCUUACAACGGCUAUCACCCUGACAGUCAUCAUGCUUUGUGUCCAGUCAUGAUUAUUGCAGUAAUCUCUUACACUAAGUGUGAAGGCAAAAAGAAAAUGCCAUUAGUAGGUAUAAGGGAGACUCUAAAAAGAAACUUUCUAUGACAUCUAUUUUUUCUUAAUUAGGAAGCUUGUAUUUUGACCUGGCAGUGCACUUUAGAUAACAUCAAAGUGAAUGCUAAAUGAACUUGGGGAACAAAGAAAACAUGUACUGUAUAUUAAAAAAAACCAAAAACCUGCCUUAAUCUUGGCAGAUUUUUGCCUUUAUUUCAUAUGUUGCUGACCAAAAGCUAGAAUUCUGUUCUGAAUGUGCACUCUUAUUUAUUCAAGUUAUUUUAUUAAUUUCGUUUUCUUAGAACAGUUUGAAUAUCUAAUAUGUGGCUCUUUGAGGCUUUUUUCUUCUGUUUAGAAAUUUGAUGACUUUAGACAUUAGGAAAAAUGUAAUAUUCUAAUAUUCUAUUCACUUCAAUAGAAAAGUCUAUUUAAAAAACAAAGAGGAAUGUGCUUUUUAAUUAUGCUCUCAGAAGUGUAAUCUUUUGGGAGGAUUAGUACCAUAUAUAUGUAUAUAUAUAAAUAUCAAAGGUGGUUACAUAUAAUAUUCAUCUGACUAUAUGCACUUCUGGUAUUUGCUGAUGUAUUCAAUAUAAGGUUGGCAAGGACGCUUUUAGUUUAUUGGGCAAAUGUGGCAGCUUUAGACCUGUGUAUUUGUAGUACCUUUUUAACUUUAGUAAUCUCUUUCUUGGAUUGAUUUCAGGAGAACUGAGUAUGUUGGUCAUCGUUAUUACGCCAGGCUGUAAAGUCUUACUGGAAUUUGCCCAGUUGUUAUACCUUCCUCAGCCAGAGUAAUAGAAGUACCUACUUUGUGCCUGGUCCAAGUUCACCAGGCUUGGUUCAGACCAGUGUUCUUUCAGAAGAAGCCUAUCAUGUAGUCAAAAGCAUUAUGGCAACUUAUUAUUUUCCAUAUAGUUAAACUACAACAGUUGAAUGAUCCAGUGGAAUAUGCGGAGAUAACAAUAGUUUUUAAAGAACAUUUUCUACUUAUUGGUUACUGAACUGUUGAAGGAUUUGUUGUGCAGGUGGUUUUGCUUAGAAUAGAAUCUUGCAUACUUUAGUGGCUGAGGUGCUCCUGUUGUCCUAAAACCACUUCUGAGGUUUUUUAAUUAUGGGAUCAUGUUUUUGAUUAGUGUCUUAAAAGAUUACUAUGGUGCUCAGCAAAUCUUAUCACAUCCUGCAGAAACUCCCGUGUUAAGCAAACAGUUUUGUAGUCAAGAGACUCCCCUAAUUUGAGCUGAAUGGAGCUCAGCUGUAUUUGACCCGCAUCCUCCCAGUUUGUUCAUGUAUUAGGUAUUAUACAGGACUCUUUAAGUCACUGUAAAUAUUUUUUCUUGAAAGUUUUAAUUAAAUGAGAAACAAGGUAGUCUUCAAAAUCUUGUUCAUCUGUUUGGAUGCAUUUAGGGAAAGUAACUAAUGAGUUUCACAUUAUUUAUACAACAGGUUUGUGUGUUUUGUGUUAAUUUUCCAUUAGACUCCAGCAUCCAAAACCUGUAUGAAUAUUCUAUGUUGAAAAUCAUGACCAUAGGACUUUAUUGUCCCCUGGGGUCCAUGUAUAUUGGAGAAGGGUGGUUAACACAUUAACCAGACAUCUGUUUAUGCUGUAGUUAGAGUUGAUCAUUUUCAAUCAUGAUUUAUAUUAAACCUUCUAAGAAGCAUUUGAAGUGGCUUAAAAUUGUCAAAUACAUAAAACAGGACAAUUAAAAUUAGUUUUUGGAAAAAUAAAAAAUGGGGGAGAGAGAGCUAUACCAACCCUAACAGAUUCUAAAAUCAAGUGGUAAAUUUAACUCCCAAAUUUCUCCAUGGUCACAGUCCAAAGUAAUACUGGGUUAUGUAACAGUUUUCUGUCAGUAAAACUACUAAUGCCCAUGGUAAGAAAUGUGUUCAAAUUUUUAUAAGAAUGUGAGAUCAUGUUCUUUUGACACAGAAUUCAGCCAGUAAUCAUACUGUAAUAGUUCAUGUGUUGAAAGUUUAAUGAAAAGACAUCAUUUUAGAAUGACAAGGAUUUGUCAUAUUUUAGUAGAAAAGACAACUGUAAAUAUGAUUUAUUUCUUUUUGGUCAUUCCUGCUUUGACUUGCCUUUAGCCUUGCAGUAGGUAGGCUCUGAUGUUUCCAGACUACCUUUCCUAAGAUGCAAAAUGUGAUUUAGAUAAGUGAGAAUUUAUAUAUGGGGCUACUUAGUUGAGCAUUUUGGGGAUUGGCCAACAAGAUGCUCGGAAGCUAUAACUGAGUAUAACCUGCUCCAGGGAGCAGCCACACAUAUAGGAAGCUCUUAGAAAGGAACAGCUUUCCAGACUGGGAAGAGAACUUGCGAUCAGCCUGGCAGGAUGUGCUUUGGAUAAAGUUUGAGUUUGCGGAGAUAGAUGGCCCACAGUCUUAAACAAAAUACUGUGAGCUAUUUUCUUUUGGAUGUGAUGGUGGAAUAUGAUAAAAGGGACUAUGUUUGUGUUUAUGUUUGGUGCUAGUAUAGGAUUAGAAAAUCGAUCAGAUAAUUCCCAUAAGAUAAAGAUCCCUCAUCAACACAUUGUCAUCAGUCAUCCAUAAGACCCACCACUUCUUUUAACAGUAAAUACCCUGUAGAGAGCAUUGAGGAUGGUCAUUCCUUCACAGUGGUUUUUUCCCUUACAAAGGCUGGCAUUGACAAAUUCCAGCUUAGGUAUUUUGCAUUAUUUUGGGGAACCUAUAGAGUUCAAGAUUCUUUCAAUAAAUCCAAGCAUGUUGAUUUCUAUUCGUAAUUGCUAUUCAUUUAAUGUUGCCAGAUAUAUUAACAUGAAGGAAUAAGGGAGCUUAUUUCAAUAACAGCUAAGUUAAAGUUUUCAGAAGCUGCAAAAGUGGGAAACCAUUGGACAUCAAAAGAGGCAGAGAUUGGUAACAGUGACAGAAUCUCAGAAAACCAAUUUUUAAGGUACCUUCAUGUGAUAAAAGUGGUAUUUGAAGUCAGCAGUAUGUUUUCAUAGAGCCUCUUCCAAGAAUAUGUGUUCAUCAGGCCUGUUAGGUUUUUUGACAGUUUUUCAUGUUGUCAAAAGUGUUAACCCUUUAAAAGCCAAAAUAUAAAUAAAGGUAAGAAGCUGAGUGAUGGAUACACAGAGUCUGUAGUAUUUUUGCAACUUCUUGUGAGUCUAUAAUUUCAAAAUAAAAGAGUUUUAAAAGUAAGUCAAUGUAUCACUAAACUACAAUUUAAAUUUAAUGAUCCAAACACAGUAUUUACUAUUCAGUUUCUGACAAAUACAUAAUGUAAAUUAAAUAUAAUUUACUUCCUUCUUAAUUUUAAAGAAAAAAACAACUCAGGUUUGUAAUGAAUGGUUAUCUAAAGAUCUGUUUUGCCUUACCAGAAAAGAAAAAACAAUAACCUAAAACUAAGAACUCCUUUUCCCUAUAAAAUAUGCUCUGGUUUUUAUAUUUGUAAUAGUAUCAUUUUCUUCCUAUGGUACCUGGGUUUACUUUCAAGGAUAAAUACAUUGAAAACAGUCCUUCUGUGUCUUCAUGUGGUAGUCCUUUGCUUUGCUGUGUUAUCUCUAAUUACACAGUGUGAUGAGACGACAUUAGGACCAGGCUUUAAUGAAGAAAGUGCAGUCUGUGUUUUUUGUCCUAAGCUCAUAGGGAUUUAGUAAUUGACUUUGUCUUGGUUUGGUUAUUUAUAUAAUUGAAAUCCUGAGCAGAGCCACUGAGUAUAAUUUGGGUUAUGAUUGUGGUCUUUUGUGUAUAUUGUUGGCAUUAAGAAUUAUCUUUUGCCUUUUUUUCUUGUUCAGCCCUGUGGAAUAUACAUGUGCUUUUCAGUGUUUUCACAUUUCUUAAAUAGAUUAUGAAGAAAUUCAUUGUUAAUUACAUGAACUAAAGGUUUGUAAUCCUUUUAUCCUCAAAAGUUUAAUUGAAGUGUCAUUGGAGGUUCAGAAUGCUGCUUUACUCUGAAAGUAAAGAUGAAGUUUUGGUUUUUUUUAAGGGUUUGCAAAAUAUUUUGGUCCAAAACUCAGGAUGUACUGUUUGCUCAGGGCACAGCUUCCCAGCCCUAGACUUAAAACCACUGUGAUUGAGGUGAGGAGCUAUUCUAAGAAAGGGUAACUUUGAGCUGGACUUGUAUAGGAAGGGGACUUGUUAUGAUAGAAGAGCAUUCUUAGCAAAACAAAGUAGUUUCUUUAAAAAAUUCACAGAAAAGUAAGUGUUUUUGCAUCCUGAUUAUUGUUAAUUUGAAAUUAUACUGUAAGAUCUUUAAAAAACAUCUUUUAGUUUCUUGGAGAAGUAGGUGGGUUUUGGCAGAUUCUAUCAUUAUUAUGUCAGUAGAGGGUUCUGUUGUCAAAAAAGGUUGGGAAAUGCUUUGUUACACAACAUUAAGUUCCUAGAGCCUUUCUGAACCUUUGAAAUGCUAUUGUGUAGUUUCAAUCUCCAACAAAGGUCUGCAUUUUAUACACUAUUUUCCUGAUUUAUUGUAUGUGGUUUUUGGGGUGUGUGUGCGUUUAAAGUAGGUCUUGUGGGAUUUAUAUGCUGAAAAGUAUACUUAGGGAAAUGCUGCCCUGGAGUGUUUUUGCUUGUUUGUGCUCAUUGCAAAGGUUUCCUGUUGUUAGGUGCUGCUCUAGUGAGUGGUGAUAAAAUGGAAAGACAGGUCAGGACUCCCUUGGACCCUGAAGUUGAGAGAGGGGUGGCCAUGUGUUUAAACAGUUGGGUUAUUUAGGCACCUGUGAGGCCCCUGGUCAGUCAGUCAUCCCUUUUCCCUAGAAUCCCAUUUGGCUUGGAACAUCUGCACAAGGGUGUGACCUGGUGAUUCCAGGUGUCUGUGAGACAGAGGGAACCAGCUUGGAAUUCCAGAACAAUUUUCCAAACCAUGUUUGGCUGUGCUUUAAAAGUGACAAAAAGGUGAUGGGAUUUAUAGUGGUAAAGCCACAUACAAGCUGCUGAUUUUAUAAAUACAUAUGCACACACAUACACACAUGCACAUAUACACGGUGUUGUAGAAAGUUUACAGUUGUGUCAGUGACCAAGCAAAAGAAAUUUAAUAUUUUCAAGUUCUAGUCUAGUACUGAAGACAUGUUCUAAACAAGGAUUGCAUAUUUGUGUGCAUUUUCUAGGAUGACGGUUUUCAGUUUUCAUAAAAUUCUCAGCAGUUUCCUUUUAAAAAAAAAUUUUUUUUAAUGUUUUUAUUUUUGAGAGAGAGAGCGCAAGCAGGGAAGGAGGAGAGAGAGAGGGAGACAAAGAAUCCGAAGCAGGCUUCAGGCUCUGAGCUGUCAGUACAGACCCCAACAUGGGGCUCAAACUCACAAACCGUGAGAUCGUGACCUGAGCCGAAGUCAGACACUUCACCGACUGAGCCACCUAGGCAUUCCCUCAGCGGUUUCUAUAGCCUAAAAAAUUUAAACAUCACUAGACUUCUAAAUGUCAGAGGACUAAGUGUGUUUGAUCUCCUUUCAAAGUAUAAAACCAGAUCUCGAAUAGGGCGUAAGGAUGCUCUUUGUUUCUUCUCUGCAGUGUGUACAGUUGCAUAUUUGGAACUCCACACUGUGAUUAUGUAUUUGAUAGAAAGCUGGACUUUGGUUUUGAGUUGUGUAACGGUGAACAUCUAGCCAUGUGAAAAGCAGUUCUAUCUCUGUUCUGAUUCUUCAGUUUUCCUCAUGCACAUUCAGAGAAAUGCCUUUUAAUCAUUUAGUUUACGUGCUCAGGUUGUUGGAAAUCAAGAAAAAUGGCUUGCCAGGGUUUGCGUCAGUCGUCAGUGAGUCACGCACUGUCGAGAAGGGUGUGCCGGCCCCUCUCUGUUUAGACUGUUGGCUACUUCUCUUGCACUGCUCGUGUCUCUUUUCUUGGAGAAGGAAGGCUAUACUCAAGCUUUUAUGUUAAUUGCAUAAAGAUGAGCUUUAUUCCUCUUCUGAUUCAAUGUUUUAGUUUGUACAAUAGGAGAUAACACGUUUCCAUUUUUCUAAUCAUUUUGAAAUGGAAAUUUGAGGUGUUUGCAGUGUAACUGUAGCUUUCUAGAAGAUUGACAGCAAAGAAGAUAAAUAAGAAAUCUAUGUGUAUACAUAUUGGUUUUGUCUCACCAAGCCUCUCUUUGGUAAAUAUUUUAAAUAUCUGUCAUACUGUACAAACUACUAUAGUUUUAUUGUAAAGUAAACAUCUUAAAAUAAGCAAUGUUGGUCAUAAUUUAAAUAUUCUAGUCAUGCCUAGUGUGAAUAUAUUUUACUCAGAGACUGUGUAUAAAUACCCAGAAGUGGUAAUGAUGAUCAAUGUUGUAAAGAAUUUAUUCUGAUAAUGAGAAACUGGAUGUAAUGUCAAAAUAGCUAUUUUCACAAUAAAAUCUCAAAUUGCCUGAA